AGAGAUCUGAGAGGAAGAAGUGGGUUCACAACAAAAUAGCUUAAAAAUUGUCUACUUUGUUUUCUGCCUUACUGUUAGCUGCAGAAAUUUAACUAUUACUUCAUUCGAUCAUAUUUAGCAGUGACUGCUGUUGUGUUCAGCAUGGCAGGUCAACAUUACUGCCUUCGCUGGAACAACUAUCAGUCAAAUAUGACAUCGGUAUUCCAUCAGCUGUUGCGAAAUGAGGCAUUUGUUGAUGUUACUCUUGCUUGCAAUGAUUCAUCUCUGAAAGCACAUAAGGUUGUCCUUUCGGCAUGCUCAUCAUAUUUUCAAAAGUUGCUGAUGGAGAACCCAUGCAAGCAUCCCACAAUUAUUAUGCCUCAAGAUGUAUGCUUUAGUGAUCUCAAAUUUAUUAUUGAAUUUGUGUAUCGCGGAGAGAUUGAUGUCUCACAAGCAGAGCUGCAGUCUUUAUUGAAAACAGCUGACCAACUAAAAAUCAAAGGACUUUGUGAAGUACCAGAUGGAAAAGAGGGUCCUGUGACCCCAAUGCCUAUUCUUUCUCGACGAUCUUUCACCAAAUUACGUCGUCUCACAGGCAUAAAAAGACAGCGGCAACCUGAACCUCUGCGUCGCAAUAUCUUCAAAGAAUUUAUCGAUCAGCAGCAUCAACAACCUCAGCAGCAUCCGCAUCAACACCCACAUCCACACCAGCAACAACUUCUGCAGCCUCAACAGCAACAACAGCAGCAGCAGCAACAACAAAUCCACAUUCACCAGCAGCCCCAACACCAGCAUUUACAGCCAAACCCAAUGGCAAUCCAGCAUCAGCUCCAUCAUCAGCAUCAACAGCAAAUGGAAAUGACUGAAUUGGGUGCCAACAGACCUCCCAUGGGACCAGAAUGUGUCACUGUUGCAACAUCUACUGAGGAUGAUCAUGAAAAUUUACCUGUUGUGGUGCUUGAGAGUCGUAUUCCACAGCAGCAUCAGAUGAUGCACAGUAAUGCACCUACUCCUGUGAUGACACCACACGGAAUGCAGCCACAGCCAACGCAACAGAUGGUUAUGGAUGGUACACCACACAGCUCUGGAAGUGGUCCAACAGAUGUUGAUAUCCCUCCAGAGGCCCAGCCACCUGCCCCUUCUGCAACUCUUGUGGAGAAUAUGGAUAUGCAUGAGUGCACAGCUCAUGACCGAGAAAGUUCUGGCGUUGGUUGUGAUGAACAAGGAAAUGUGAAGGUGAAGUUUGAAACUCUCCGUGCUAUGGAGCAGGCUGAUACAAUAGAUAUUGAUAGCCACAUGUCAGAGCGGAAUGUGGGGGAGGAGGAUCACACAAUGCACACGAUGAUGAUUACCCCAGAGCUUCUAGGCCUCAUACCCUCCUCUUCAGGACAUUCUGAUCUGAGUGGUGAUGCUGUAAAAGGAAGCCCCAAAAGUUGGAGCCAGGAGAGCCUUGAUAUAACAGAUGUCAGCCACCAUGAGGUUACGAAAACAGGUCCAAAGUCUUGGACACAGGAAGAUAUGGAACUUGCUUUGGAUGCGCUUCGUAAUCAUAGCAUGAGUUUGACCAAAGCAUCUGCAACAUAUGGAAUUCCAUCCACUACACUGUGGCAACGAGCCCAUCGGUUAGGCAUUGACACUCCCAAGAAAGAGGGACCUAGUAAAAGCUGGACUGAGGACAGCCUGAAUAGUGCACUUGAAGCCCUAAGGACUGGCAGUAUUUCAGCGAACAAAGCAAGCAAAGCAUACGGUAUACCAAGUAGUACACUGUAUAAAAUAGCAAGACGUGAAGGUAUCAGACUAGCUGCUCCCUUCAAUGCUGCACCAACGACAUGGAGUCCUGAUGACUUGGAACGUGCCCUGGAAUCUAUAAGGUCUGGAGCAUCAUCAGUGCAACGGGCCUCCACAGAGUUUGGUAUUCCAACCGGCACAUUGUACGGACGUUGCAAGCGUGAAGGCAUUGAAUUAUCACGAAGCAAUCCAACUCCUUGGUCAGAGGAUGCCAUGGGAGAGGCUUUAGAGGCAGUGAGAAUUGGCCAAAUGAGCAUUAACCAAGCUGCUAUUCAUUACAACCUUCCCUAUUCUUCUCUGUAUGGUAGGUUCAAACGGUGUAAAUAUGAAGCAGAAGGUCAUCAAGAAGUGGUUGCAUCUCCCCCACCUCCACAAAUAAUGGUAGUCCCAUACCAGCAGCCUCCACCUCCUCCACCACCACCUCCACCUGCACCACAACAUACUCCACAGCAUAUGCAACAGCAUCACUCUCCACAACAACAACAACAACAGCAGCAGCAGCAGCAGCAACAACAGCAGCAGCAGCAGCAGCAACCUCAGCAGCAGCAGCAACCACCACCACCACCACCUCAGCAACAGCAACAACAACCACAACAACAACAACAACCACCUCAGCAACAGCAGCAGCAACAGCCUCCACCACCACAACCCCAGCCACAGCAGCAACAGCAGCAGCCACAGCAACAACAGCCCCAUCAGCUUUACCAGCCACACAGUAGCUGAGAAGUGCUUCCUUCACACAUGGUUAUAAUAACAAAUCACAUUCACUGAAUACUCUCAUAUGGGAUGGUGCAGCCAGCAGUAUGAAAAAGUAGUUUAUUAAUGUAUUCAACUGUCAGUGACAGUUGCUUUAAUAGGACAUUUUUUCCUCUAUAUGUCCACUUCACUAUUGUCAUUUCCUUUUAUGUUUUAGUUAUUUCGACUUCUGCCUUUACAACAGUGUUUUUACUGUGAGCACUGUGUAGCACUGGAAACAAGGAAAUUGUUUUAAACUGCUCUGGCUGUUGACAGAGCAUUUUGUAGCUUGUUGCAAAAAAAGCUAUUAGUAAAUGCAAGAAAUUUUUAUUUUUAUAGCUGUAUUUUAACAAAUAAUUUUUGAGUGUGUUGUUACAACAUCUGUAGAGGCAGUUUAUUGUUUAGCACCUUUUUUUUAAAUUUUGUUUUAAGAAAUGAACUGCUUUUAUGUUAGGUAUCCAUCCUAAAGUAACUGUGAAAUCAGUGCGUGUUAUACAUGUGUGAAAAAAUUUAAUUAAAAGACUUAAAAUUUGUGUAUAUGUGACUAUGAUGACACAAAAUAUAUUUAUAAGUUUUAAGAAAAGAAAAACUAAAUAAAGUUGUGUAUUAAAUAUAUAUAUAUAUAUAAAUAAAUAAAUAAAUAUAAAGUAUAUAUCUAUAUAUGCAUGUCUGUAGGCAUGUGAAAGAUUAUUCUAGAAAUAUGUGUUGAAUGGACUUUCAUACAGUUACAAAUACUUUUGUAGUUGCCAUUAUUAUGUACUUUGCAGGUCUCAGUGACCUGCUUCUACAGUACUUGGGCCCACCUGUUAUUAGAUUUGAGUGAUUGGAAGAUUGAUUGGGUAGUUUGCAUUAUUCAGUGCACUUCGCAAUUCUAUAACAACAUUUAUUUUCCUUGUGUUGCUGUAUUCUACAACACAUGUGAACAGUCCUUGGGAAUAUUGCUGUCAUGUUGAGGUACAAUGCAGCUUCACAAAAAUCUGUUUUAACAGAAAAUAACAAAGAGCUUGAACAGAAAUCUACGGCUGAUUUUGUAUGGGAGCAUUGUGUUAUGAUAAUAGAUAAUAUUUAUGGUUGUGGCAUGCAUUACAUACUUUUUUUAUAUUGAGUACACAUUAUACAUUAGAGAGAAUUUUUAUUCCAUUGUGAUUUCCUUCAGAUGUAGGUGCACAUAGUGCACGACUUAUCCCAAAUUCUCUUCUGGCAAGGGUGUAUGAUAUUCUCGUGCAUGUGUAAUAUGCUCUGAACGACUUUCUGAUCUCAGGUAUAUCUAAAUGGUAACUUGUCUUCUAGUUCGCAGAUCUUUGUAUUCUCAGAACAAAAGUGACACAAUGAGCAAAAGGAGCAAUGUUUGGAAGAGCUUCAAGAUGCAGUGCUAGAAGAAUUAAAAUAUAGAGAAUAUUUUAAAGAAACAAGGUGACUGGAGGAAGAGUGCGAAAAAAUUUUUAAAUAGGGAAAAGUUUUGUAUUUUGAAAGUGAAGGGAUUACCAGGAAGCCACUAGAUUCAAACAUCUUAUUGGAUUUUCACUCUAAAUUUGUUGUGGAACCCUUAAUGAACAAAGCCAUUGUCUGUUCUCUUCCUUGUCCCAGGGGUGAUGGUCCAGCAAGGUAUAGAGGGGAGUCUCCGUAGAAUUAGAAAGGUAGGAGAAGGAGGGAGAUGAAAUAUGGGUGCUCGUUUGUAAGUCGUGUCUGGGUAGCUCAGUUGGUAAGGGAAUUUGCUAUAUGAGACAAAGGGAAUUUCCUAUAUGAGACAAAUGUCUUGGUUUGCAUCACAUUUAGGCACCUGUCAGGAAGUUCAAAAAUAUUCAUGUUACUAAGACACUUGGGCUCUGAAUUUGUUAUUUUGAUUUGAGGACCUGUUUCUCAUCUCCAGGUGCUGUUGAUUGUUAGAGGAAGAUCUCAGAUGGAAUUAGAGCACUGCAAGCUUAUGUCCGAUUUGUGUGGUAUUAGUACAGUUGCGGUGUGUGAAAGAGAGUGCCGGUUCACUUCACAUACUUUGGUGGAAGUUGUUGAAGGUUACCAGUGGUGUACUGCGUAAUGACAGCUGAGCGAGCGGUUCUCCACAGCAGUGGAGAUGGCACAGCUGAGUGAAUGCCUGUUCAUAGUGACGUGAUUGUCGUGCAUUUACAGUAACUUGCACACAGGCUGUGAGUUUACAGUUUGCACAUAUGCAGUACCCUUUGCUUACUGCCAGAGAGGGGCAUAAUUUGAAUGGUGAAUAACAAAUACAGAUAAAAAUUAUUAUUUGUUACUGGAGAAUAACAAAUAUUAUUCAAACAAUAUUAUGAAAAUGAUAGUUGCUUCUAACCAUAUAGCGGAGAUGCUGAAGACACAACAAAAAGAGCUUUGGAAAGUGAGCUUUCGGCCAACAGCGCCUUUGUUGAAAAUAGACAAAACACACACACACGUGCACGCGCACAAAUGCAACUUACACUCACAACUCUGAGUCUGGCUUCAGAUGCCAGAGAAGGCCUUGUUGCCCGAAAGCUCACUUUCCGACAGUCUUUUUGUUACGCCUGUCUGUGAUUCAGCAUCUCUGCUAAAUGGUGAGUAGCAACUAUCCUUUUCAUGAUAUUUUUAUAUUCAAUGCUGGAUUUUUCAUUGGUUAAAUAUUAUUUGAAACAUUAUUCACUUACAAGAAUAAAAAUGUUUUAUGAAUAAUAGAUAAAAUUGAAAUUCAAUGACAUUUACUACAACAUUUCUUUGUCACCUAUUAAACAAAUUUACUUUUUGUUGCUUUUAAAUUAGUUGUCUGAACAACUAUUUUGUUCAAAGAUUUCCUCUUAAACUUUAUUUGACUUGUGAAGAUUUGCUGUUGUGGCACUAAAGAAAAUAAUUCUUGCAAAGAGGAUAGCACUGUGUUAAAUCCCCUGAAAUUGUCCUUAUUUAAUGAUAUAUGACUUUCAGCUCUCAAUGUUAUCAGCAAAAACUGAGAAAUCUUCAGUUUUGCAGUAGUUUUUAUAAGAUAAUUCGUUUGAUUCCAUGUUCAUUUCACAUCCUAUUUCACAUACAAAAUAAAAUUUUCUUUUAAAUCGUAACAUCAUUCAGAGCUCAUGUCCCAAUUUCUUAUACAUUUUUUUUGGCUGUUAUAUGUCCAUAGUUUGUUGUAAGCCUCCAUUGGUCAUGGAUAGCAAUACAGGUGAACUCUCUGUUUUUAAAUUGUGGGUAAGACAAUGCUACACUAAUUACAGUCAGUUUAUAAAGAGGAAAAAUGUCGCCCAGUUGUUUCUUAACACUUUCUCAUUAAAAAAGAUGUCAGUGUGCUGCAGUUUAUGCAUUCUUUUAUGUACUCUAAUCCAUUGUCUCUUCCUGAAUGUUUGAAUCCUACACAUACACAAAUCAGAAUGAGAAACUAUUCCAUAUUCUGACAGAAAGCUUAGUCAGAGUUAAUCCUAAACAUUUUUGGAUAAUUUUGUAUGUAUAGCAAUACUCCACAACUGUUGUAGGAGUUCUUGAAGGUCUAUUGUUAGUCAUUAUCAACUGAUUUCUUACUUGCUUCACUCAUUUUGAAGCACUACAAACAUGGAAAAAUUGCAUAGUUAUAUCAAUAAGACAUAAAUAUCCUAUAGUGCAAGCAAUUUUGCUGCAGUGGAAGAAGGCGCUGCAGAUCAAGAGUUUCUGUUGGCUGCAUUCUCACCUUUGGCUACUUGUAAAGUACUUCCACAUGUUAGCACAGAGUUAGUGCAGAGUCAUUUGAAAUGGACUGUGUCGGUAGUGAAACCCAUAACGCCAACUACCUAUUAAGUAUUUUUAUGUUGCUGUAAAGCAAGUAAAGUUGUGCUCAACCCAAAGUUUGGUUUGAACAUUGCAAUGCUUUACUAGGCAUGGUGAUGU